AUUGGAACUUGCGGUGUAGCGCAGGACGCGCGCGCCGUGUGUCUGCGGGAUUAGUAGUAAAUUCCGAGUAACUGUUCAUUUUUUUUUCUGUUUUAUAUAAUAAUAAAUUUAAUCCCGUCGGUAACAAGAUGCCGUGCAACAACCCGAACCGGAUGAGAGCGCGAGAGCGCGUGGACGUGUUGGGGCGCGUGGAGUUCCUCUCCCUACACCAGCAGCACCAUCAGCACCAUCAGCAGAAGCGUAAUGGCGGCGCGGGGGCGCGCAGAACGACCUCCAACAGGCACCCGCAGCACCACGAGCACGCGCCGCAGCCGCCCGGGGACGUCGAGGAGCGCGUGGAGGCGCCGCGGUGGCCGGAGGAGGACUGCAUGCGGCUGAAUCCGUCCCUGAGGGGGAUCGCGGUCAGCGCGCUCCUGGCCAUCGACAUCCACCUGUCUAAGCGCCUCGGCGUGUGCGCGCGCGCCUCCUCCGCCUGGGCCGGCGCGCGCUCCGUCGUCAGCCUGCUCGCGCUCACAGGACACGCGCUCACGUGGAUCGGAGGCACGCUGGCGUGUCUGAUCCGCAGCAGCACCGAGGCUGGACAAGAAGUACUGAUCAACCUUCUGCUGGCGCUGGUCCUUGACAUCCUUAUGGUUGCCAUAGUGCAGAAGUUGGUGAGACGCAGAGGACCAUGGGAAAUGAGCCCAGGCUUGCUGGACUGUGUGGUCAUGGACGUGUACUCGUUCCCGGCGGCUCACGCCAGCAGGGCGGCGAUGGUGUCCCGCUUCCUGCUGUCUCACCUGGUGCUGGCUGUGCCUCUGCGGGUUCUGCUGGUCCUGUGGGCCGUUCUGGUCGGUUUCUCUGGGGUUCUGCUCGGGCAGCACCAUGUGACCGACAUUGCCUGCGGCUUCGCGAUCGGCUCGCUCAAUUUCAGCCUGCUGGAGACACUGUGGCUCCCGUCCAGCAUCUGCCAGACUUUACUGUCUAUAGGGACACUCAGCUGGAGUCCCUUCCACUAACACACACACGCACACACACACACACACACACACACGUUUGAUUUCCACAAAAACAAUCUUACUUGUUAUGUGUUUUUGUUGUCUCAUUUUUGCAUCUUUAGUUCCAAAGGCUAAUAUUAAGGCUAAAACCUGUUGUUGCCUAGCAACCUGGAUCAGCUUCCAAAGACAGGAGGCGCUGUUCAGCUAAGCUGAUGUCUUCUAAUGCUUGAAUAAUGAGAAUUUUCUUGUGGCAAAAUUGAUGGGGUCGUCUUGGCAACCAAAAACCAGGUAUAGAUAUUAGCCUCAAGAACUAAAGAAGCAAACAUCAGACGUUAAAUUUUUUUCCCAACUUAUUCCUUUGCUUCAGCCGAAUAUGUCUAGGCUCCGCCAAGUCGAGUCGAGUCAAGUUUAUUUCUUUUGCGCUUUUCACAACAUUGUCUCAAAGCAGCUUUACAGAAAUUAACAGUGAGGGUAAAUGGUGUGUAUUUAUCCCUGAUGAGCAGCCAUGGAGACU